AUGAUACUCACUCAAAUAUUUAGUCUAUGGAUUUCAUUCCAGUUCUCUUUAUCAUGGGCCUUGGAAGAUCAUGAAAAUCCAGAAUUGGCAAGAAGAGUCUACACAGGGAAUUUUAUUGAUCAUGGAAUUUCAACAGAGACUUACGGACAAGAUGGCCUCUGGAGGAUUGAUAACCAAUACCCAAUGUAUGCAGAUCUUGCAGAGCUUCCAGAUGAAGAUUUAUUCAUUGAUCAUUCAGCUCAGGGAAAUGGAAUGAACUUAAACAUGAACUGGGCCAGUCCUGGUGGAGCUUUAUUUCUCUCCAGAACCUCAGAAGAAGCUUCAGGAGUAGGUCAUCUCAAAGAUCCAUAUCUGAUUGCAGGAAGGAAACUACACAAUCCACCAGAGAUGACAUUUGAUAUUCAGGAAAAAAAUGGCCCAACAUUUGAAGAAGGACCCUGUCUCAAGUCAAAAGCAUUGCAACAAGUAAAUUACCUCAACAAAAAUCCACUCCCUGGGAAUCAAGAGUAUGGAAGUCAAUACAACAGCCCACUUUCUGAGACUAUAGGCUCUGAAGACUAUGAAUGUGGAAAUAAAAAAAUGAGAUUAACUUUGAGCAAUGUGGAAGGCCAACAAGAAAAUCCAAUUGCAAUAGAUACAAAUCUUGAUUUCUCCAAGAGGACCAGAUAUUCUUCACCAGAAGACACCAGUAACACUCACAACAUGUCAGGGGGUGAAGAUUUACCUACAGUGACCAAAAGAAAAGAAAAAUUCUUUGAGAUGAGGGAACAGGUUCGCAAGGAUUCUUUACUAAAUAUACCCAAUGAUCAUGAAAGAGCUACAGAAUUUCAAUCAAUUUUUGGGAGUGAUCUGGGGAGAAAAGUAAUUAAAGAAUAUCCAAGGGAUUUCUCUCAGAUGUUUCUCUUUUGGCAUGAGGUUGACUUUACAGUCAGAUACUUAUCACAGAAAUAUCUUGGACUAGAUCCUACAAGUUGGGACAGUGUAUCUACGUGGACUUUGGAGCACGGUGUUUUCCCACUCUACAUUCAUCAAACAUCUCAUCUGCACCGUUUGUUUGAAGGAAGGUGCAGGGAAUACCCAUUCCACAACAUUUCUCAAGCUUUUAAAUCUGCAAUAAACCACUUCAAACAAUGGAUACAGAAAGAUCUUGACAAAUUGGCACUAGGAUUGGCAAACUAUAGGCCAAUAUAUGACAGCAAACAAAGCCAUGUGGUACUAGCAGAUAUAUUUUCCACAAUCAAAGGCAAUUCUAUAACAACCCUAGAAGUUACCUCAACUUAUAAGAAGUGGUCUCCAAUUUCUUGGAAAAUUACCCUGGAUUGGAUAUCAAAGGUUCAUCCAACUAGUCCCUCAAUUCUAAACGUGCGAGAAAUGAGAUCCUCUUAUGUCAACAAUAUAAAACAGCAAUAUAGUUUGAAAGACCGUCCAUAUAAGUGGGAGGAAUUCAAGGAAGUGUUCAAGUAUCCAAAACCCAGGAAACUUCCAUUUGUUUGGAAAAAAGACCUUCUAAGGAGUAAUGAAAGCUCAAUUGGAACAUCAUUGAAUAGAUAA